ACCCCUGGCACCGAGAACCUGGAGGCCACAAGGAAGCAUCCAGUUCGGUUGAGGCUGUCGCAGCCCAGAGAGGAGCCCAGGAUGUUCCUGAAGGCCGUGGUGCUGACCCUGGCCCUGGUGGCUGUCACUGGUGCCCGGGCUGAGGUCAGUUCGGACCAGGUGGCCACUGUGAUAUGGGACUUAUUCACCCAGGUAAAGGACAAUGCCAAGGAGGCUGUGGAACAAUUCCAGAAGUCAGAUAUCACCCAACAACUCAAUACCCUCUUCCAGGACAAGCUUGGAAACAUGAAUACAUACACCGAUGACCUGCAGAAGAAGCUACCGCCCUUUGUCCUAGAACUGAGUGAGCGUAUAACCAAGGAUACACAGAACAUGAAGCAGGAGAUUCAGAGGGAGCUGGAGGAACUACGCACCAGCAUGAUGCCCCACGCCAACAUGGUGGGCCAGGCCAUCGGGGACAAUGUGCAGAAGCUGCAGGAGCACCUGAGGCCCUAUACUGAGAAAAUGAAAGCACAGGCCAGCACACACACACAGGAACUGAAGGACCAGCUGACUACCUUUGUGCAGCAAAUCAAGAGCACAGUCCAGGAGAACGCAGACAACUUUCAGGCCUCAGUGAUGCCCCUUGCCAACGAGUUAAAAAACAAGUUCGACCGGAAUGUGGAAGACCUCAAGGGGCACCUCACCCCCCGUACCAGCGAGCUGAAGGCCACGAUCGACCAGAACCUGGAGGAUUUGCGUCGCAGCCUGGCCCCUCUUGCUGUUGGGGCGCAGGAGAAACUCAACCACCAGCUGGAGGGCCUGGCCUUCCAGAUGCAGAAGAACGCCGAGGAGCUCCAGGCCAAGGUCUCCACCAAGAUCAACGAGCUGCAGAAGAAGCUGGCCCCGCUGGUGGUAGAUGUGCACAGCAAACUGAAGGACAACACAGAGGGCCUCCCAAAGGCUCUGGAAGACCUCAACAGGCAGCUGGACCAGCAGGUGGAGGAGUUCCGGCGCAGUGUGGAGCCCCUGGGGGAGAUGUUCAACAAGGCUCUGGUGCGGCAAAUGGAGCAGUUCAGGCAGCAGCUGGGCUCCAAUCCGGGGGACGUGGAAAGCCACUUGAGCUUCUUGGAGAAGAGCCUGAGGGAAAAGGUCAGCUCCUUUAUGGGCACCUUGGAAAAAAAGGGGAGCCCAGGCCAGCCCCUGGAGCAGGGUCAAGAGCAGCAGGGUCAGGAGCAGGUGCAGGAGCAGGUGCAGGUGCAGGAACAGGUGCAGGAACAGGUGCAGCCCAUCCCCCAAGAGAGCUGAGCUGUCCCUGGUGCCCACAGCCCAUCCCAGUAGCAGACACCUGCCUUGUCCCAGCACCUGCCUGUCAAUCUGUCCCUAAGCACUUCUUGUACCAGCUUGAGGACACAUGUCCUGUGGGAGAUGAUGCCUCAUCUCGCGACUCAAUAAAGCAACUGAGAAACUA